AGUUUCUUUUCUUGUGUGUGUGUUUAAAGUUCAAGAUAGAGAACAAAUAAAAGAAAGUGUUCGAUCUUCUGGUCUCAUUCACCAUUUUUUAUUUUAUUUUUAACUUGAGUUUGAAUCUAUAUAUCUUCCCAGUUUAGAUUCACAGUUUCUGUCUUCGGUUUCACUCUUGUAAGUGUUAUCUAAUCUGUCUUGAUCUGCUUUGUGGCUCUGUAUUUGUUAUCUAAAACAAUGGUGGAUUUGGGGGUUAUAGAACUUUUGAAGAAUCGAUUCCUCUGCUGUUAGCACUCUUUUUUAUCUUUUCUUAUACUGUUUUGGAUAUUGCUUCUUUUGUAGUAGGGUGAUUCUGGUAUUGUGGUAGCCAAAGCCGCUGAGUUUAAAGUUGCAGAUCCUGAGGUUGUGAUGGAAGAAGCGAAGGGACAGAGAGGAAACGGAACCACUGAGGCUGAUUUUGUGUUGCAAUGGGGGGAGAGGAAAAGAGUUAGGUGCAUGAAAGUUAAGAAAGAUCAAAGCCGCAAGUCAACUGAUUGUUUGUCUAAUAAGCGCAAACUCAUGUCGCGGGCUGUGUCUUCUGAGAGAGGCUCUCCUUCUCGCCAUCUUAACCGUCCAAACAAGAUGGUAGAUUCUACAGGUGGUAAUGUUAGGAGAUCGUUUGUGGCAUCCCCUGAGAAGGAAGAUAGAUACUACACAACGAGGGGUUCUAUGGGUACAGAUGAGAGUGGCAAAAUUAUAAAGGAAACUGUGAAGGAAACCAAGAAGCAUGUGUGGCCAAAGUUGUUUAUAACUUUGUCAAAUAAGGAGAAGGAAGAAGAUUUCUUGGCUAUGAAAGGGUGCAAGCUUCCUCAAAGACCCAAGAAACGAGCCAAAUUGGUUCAGAAGACAUUGCUUCUGGUGAGUCCAGGUACUUGGUUAUCAGAUCUGUGCAAAGAGAGGUAUGAAGUAAGAGAGAAGAAGACUUCAAAAAAGCGACCAAGAGGAUUGAAGGCAAUGGGGAGCAUGGAAAGCGAUUCAGAGUGAAGAAGAAGAAGAAGAGGACUUGAGAAGCAUUCCAGAUUUUGGUGAAGGCUAGAAGAGGGAGGAGACAACGCACAAGAAUCUGUUUUGUUUUUUUUAUUACAUUUUGAGAUAUUUCUCUUCCUCUUCUCUACAGGUCAAACAAACUAUGAGGCACUUGCAUUUUUGCAUUCGAAGCUAAUCUAUUAGUCUUCCUAAUCUAAGUCUCCUUUUU